AGGGGGCGGGGCCAGGGCACCACCGAGAGGGAGCGACGGCAUUCCUAGAGGGGCUCGGCCGCAGCCUAGUGACGCACUUCCGGCCGCCCCGCGGAGCAGCGAGCAGCGGAGCCGGGAGCCCCGGAGGUGGGUCCGCGAGCACCCUAGCUCCAGCCCUUCUCUGAGAGGGAGGCGAAGCAAUGGCAGCCAUGCUCCUGACAGCCUGGCCUCAGAAGUCGGUGACCUUUGAGGAUGUGGCUGUGUACUUCACCCCAACGGAGUGGGAUGGCCUGUCCCCUGCACAGAGGGCUCUGUACAGGGAUGUGAUGCUGGAGAAUUAUGGGAAUGUGGCCUCCCUGGGAUUUCCACUUAUCAAACCUGCUGUGAUCUUACAACUGGAGGGAGGAGGUGAGCUGAGGGGCCCAUCUCCACUGGCUGCUGAAACAGGCACAGACCCUCCAGGCCUCUGGACUGAUAUUGAUAUCCAGGCUGACAAUAAUAUGACAAAGGAAAUGAACAAAGAAAAACAUAAUACAUCAUUUGUACUUCAGGGGGACUUUUCCCAGGAAACAGACUUCUCAGAAGCCUAUAUUCUAGAAAAACAACAGCAGGAAGUCCAUCGAGUAGUAAGUAUGAAGAAAGAAAACAGCAGUGUCAUUGACGGAAUGGUGAAAGAUGACACAAGCCUCAUGGAGAAGUGUUUGUUUAGUCAGAGUCCAAACUUGAAUCAGUGUAAUACCAUCAUCACCACUGGAGAGGAGCCCCCUGAGUGUACAGGAUUGGAGAAAUCCUUAAAUUUUGACACAAAACUUAUCCAUCAUGAAAUAAGUAAUUCCAGGGAAAGACCAUUUGAAUGUGAAGAAUUCGUGGAAACCUUUAAGUAUAACUCUCAACUUCAUCAUCAAAACAGCUACCUUGGGGAGAAGCCCUAUCAGUGUAAGGAUUGUGGCAAAGCCUUUAGUGUUAAUGCAAAAUUAAUUUGUCAUCAAAGACUUCAUAGUGGGGAGAAACCCUUCAAAUGUGUGGAGUGUGGGAAAAGCUUCAGUUACAGUUCCCAUUACAUUACACAUCAGACAGUCCACAGUGGGGAGAAGCCCUAUCAGUGUAAGGUGUGUGGGAAAGCCUUCAGUGUUAAUGGGAGUCUAAGCAGGCAUCAGAGAAUCCAUUCAGGAGAGAAGCCUUAUCAGUGCAAGGAGUGUGGAAAUGGCUUCAGCUGCAGUUCUGCAUAUAUCACACACCAGAGAGUCCACACUGGGGAGAAACCUUAUGAGUGUAAUGACUGUGGGAAAGCUUUCAAUGUUAAUGCAAAAUUAAUUCAACACCAGAGAAUCCACACUGGAGAGAAACCUUAUAAAUGUAAUGAGUGUGGGAAAGGCUUCAGGUGCAGUUCCCAGCUUAGGCAGCAUCAGAGCAUCCACACUGGAGAGAGGCCCUGUCAGUGUAAGGAGUGUGGGAAAGCCUUCAGUAAUAAUACAAAACUCACUCAGCAUCAGAGAAUCCACACUGGUGAGAAGCCCUAUGAGUGUACUGAAUGUGGAAAAGCCUUUAGUGUCAAAGGGAAGUUAAUCCAGCACCAGAGAAUCCACACUGGUGAGAAGCCCUAUGAGUGUAAUGAAUGUGGAAAAGCCUUCAGGUGUAACUCCCAGCUUCGACAGCAUCUGCGAAUCCACACUGGAGAGAAGCCCUAUGAGUGUAAUGAGUGUGGAAAGGCCUUCAGCGUCAAUGCAAAACUAAUGCAGCAUCAGAGGAUUCACACUGGGGAGAAACCCUUUGAAUGUAAUGAGUGUGGAAAAUGCUUUACUUCUAAAAGAAACCUACUUGAUCAUCACCGAAUACAUACUGGAGAAAAACCUUAUCAAUGUAAAGAAUGUGGGAAAGCCUUCAGUAUCAAUGCCAAACUAACUAGGCAUCAGAGAAUACACACUGGGGAGAAACCUUUCAAAUGUAAGGAAUGUGAGAAAGCGUUUAGCUGUAGUUCUGAUUAUAUUGUACAUCAGAGAAUCCAUACUGGAGAAAAACCCUUUCAGUGUAAGGAGUGUGGAAAAGCCUUCCAUGUUAAUGCCCAUUUAAUUCGGCAUCAGAGAAGCCACACUGGGGAGAAACCCUUCAGAUGUGUGGAGUGUGGCAAAGGCUUUAGCUACAGUUCUGACUGUAUUAUACAUCAGACUGUCCACACUUGGAAGAAACCCUAUGUGUGUAAUGUGUGUGGGAAAGCCUUCAGGUUUAGCUUUCAACUUAGUCAACAUCAGAGUGUCCACAGUGAAGGAAAAUCCUAAUGAGAAGGAUAUAGAAAACUCUCGAGAUUAAUGUUGAACUGAAUCAGGUACCAUGAGACUUACCCUGGUGGAAAACCCUGAGAGAGAAAUUAAUGUAGCAAUCUUUACAUGGAAACAAAUCUUUCUCAUUUUAUUUAUUACAUUUUAAAUCAGAAAUGAAGACCAGUUAAAAAGUAACAUUCAAAAACAAAUAGGUCAUUAGGUGGCAGAGAGGAGAGAGGCUUGCCUACGCCCAGCAUCCUGGCCAUGGACAUCUGGAUAGUUGAUAGCCUGACACUCGGAAAACAAA